CUCGAAACGGAGUGACACGCACCAGCACCACUGUGCAAAGCGCAACCUCCCAGAACCAAAAGCACCCUCUUCUCUCAUCCACGGCCCACCUCGCUGCUUCCGCCGCGCCGCCACCGGCUGGUCCUCUUCAUCGGAUAUUCUCCGUCGCCCGGUUCUACCUCAGGCGCAUAGCAGAUGAGGGUGGCCAGGUCGUUUUAUGAGGAAAACUUUGGGGAUUCGGGGUGAAAUGUCAGCGCUACGAGAGUUCAGAUCUCUUCAGGGUUAACGAAUGGUGAUCUCGUACUCAGAGAUGACAGUACAAUAACCCAACAGGGCUUUAAUCUAGCCCCGCAUGUGGAUCUAAAAGCUGGCAGGCAAUGGACAAGCCACCAAACCAUCCUCACGAUUCAGUGCAGCUAGACUUCGCCUCUGUUUUUUAUGCCGGCAAGCCAGAGAUUGCGGCAACAGCCGCAGCGCUCUCCCAUGCACUUGGGCCGCCCAGACAGCCUCCUCACCGUCAACUCAUGCCGUUGAAGGUGAAGGUACAGUCAUCGCUGCCACCGUGGCCUCCGGUACUAUGGCCUACAGCAAUCGCUGGGAAGCAUCCUAUGCCAUUCCCUACUCCACCUCCAGCUAAGAAGCUGCAGGUGCGUCGAAGUCCACCUGUGCUGCCGCAAGAUUUGCCAUUGUCGGCUGCAAAAUUACCACUACCAGGGGUGCAGGUGCAGCGUCCAUUGCAACAGGCAUCCCCAUUUCUUACACAAUUGUUGCCGAAGAUGGAGGUGCCGAUACUGUUGCCGAUGCAUGCAACCUCUGUAGGCGUGAUGUUGAAUUCUCGAUAUCCAUGGAGUGAAACAUCAUCCGAAUCAAUAAAUGGGACACCGAGGAGGAAAAACUGCAAGUGCAAAAACUCGAAGUGUCUGAAGCUGUAUUGUGACUGUUUUGCAUCAGGCAGAUACUGCAAUGAUGAUUGCAACUGCAAAAACUGUUGUAACGAUGUUAGUCAUGAGACUGCAAGACAGGAUGCUAUCAAUGCUGUGAUGGAAAGGAAUCCUGUGGCCUUUAUGCCCAAAAUUGGGAAUAUCCCUCGACAUGCAGCCCAGAACCGUGAGUACAGAGCAGCAGAAGGCCCUCGUGUGGGUAAACACAUGAAGGGGUGUCAGUGCAAGAGGUCAGAGUGCCUGAAGAAGUACUGUGAGUGCUUUCAAUCUAAUGUUCUCUGUUCAGAGAACUGUAAAUGUACGGAUUGCAAGAACUAUGAGAGCAGUGAAGAUAUGAAAGAAAUGCGUCGCAUGACCCAGCAGCAUGGUGUCUAUGUACAUCACGUGCAGAAUCUUGCUUUGAAGGGAAUGAUUGGACCAUCUGCUGUCCUUCCUCGUGCAGCAGAAAAGUUCUCCGGUCUCUCAGUGGCUUCACUAGGCAGAGACCAGCCCAUUAACAACAACGAUUCUUCACAAGUGCUUUCGCCUUUACUAACUUCUGUUCCUACAGAAGACACUGAAAGUUCUGUCAGAUUAGGACGCCAUGGGGUUACUUACAGGACACUUUUAGCUGACAUUAUCCAGAUAGAGGAUGUCAAUGUGCUCUGUAAAGUCUUGGUUCUAGUAUCAAGGCAAGCUGCCGGAGCAUUUCUAGAUUCAGGUUUUAAGGAAAACACCAACAUAAAGAAAUUAGAUCGAGCAGAGAGUCACAUUCCUUCCACAAACCAUGACAGAAAAGCAGUUCAGAAACAACAUGAUGAACAACUGUGCUCACUGGGAAACAGUUUAAUAGCAGUUCCUCUUUCUGAAGGAAGGGCAGGAAUGCCAAGAUCUGACCCUUCUGAUACAUGGAAGGAUAACAGAAGAUCUGUGUCUCCUGGAACCCAGGCACUGAUGUGUAAUGAGCAAGAUAUGUUUGUCCACACGUCAAGUGUUGCAGGUGCAAUUCUCUCAACCACUAAAGAGAACCUGUCAGAAAUUUACAUAGAGCAAGAGAAGCGUGUACUGACAAACCUCCUUGACUUUCUUCGUGAGCUUGCAAAGUCUGGAAGGCUUCAAGAAGAGAAGCGCUCUCUUCGAUGUCACUGAAGGUGCCAUGAGCAAACUUUUGUCGGCGGCAGUUGCAAUCGUCCAUAAUUGCUGAGAUCACUAGGAUUGGACAAACAAUCCGACAAUCGCGCCAUUCUCCAGCAAGUAUCAAAUCACCAGAUCGAUAUUGAAAGGAAACAUCUCAGUUCUAGAAGCAGGAUCAGCAGCUUAGUGCCAUGGAAAUGCAGUAAUCAAAACAAGCAUUUCAUUUCAUAGGAAACCUGAGACUGCCGUUUUGGUCCUCACAGCACCUUAACGACAGUUUUCUUCUCCUUUUUCACUCAGUAUUCGUGUACGUUCUUGAGUAAUAGAGUUACCUUGCCAAAUGAAGUGUCAUAUCCUUAUCCUCCUUUACUAAUGCCAUGAAUCAAAGGAAUGGUUAAAAUGACUUGAGCAGAAGAUGGAAUGUUUUUUUAA